GGCGCCAUGCGUCGCUGAGGCGGGCGCUGGCUGGGUCUCGCCAUGGGGCUACCGCCGCCCAACGGCAGCCUCGGCUUCACCGACGGCCCCCCGCAGCCGGGCGGGGGUGCGGCGGUGGGGCCGGGAGACCGUGGCUGCGAGAACGGAGCUCUUAUGGACAGCUUCGGCAUCUUCCUACAGGGGCUCUUGGGCGUCGUGGCCUUCAGCACCCUCAUGCUAAAACGCUUCCGAGAACCAAAGCAUGAACGACGUCCCUGGAAGAUAUGGUUUUUAGAUACUUCCAAGCAAGCCAUAGGGAUGUUAUUCAUCCACUUCGCAAAUGUCUAUUUAUCAGACCUUACAGAAGAAGACCCCUGUUCACUGUACCUUAUCAACUUCUUGUUAGAUGCCACAUUAGGGAUGCUGUUAAUCUACAUUGGUAUACGUGCAGUCAGCAGCAUUGUGGAGUGGCAGCAGUGGGAGUCCCUUCGCUUUGGUGAAUAUGGUGACCCACUGCAGUGCACUGCUUGGGUGGGCCAAUGUGUUCUGUACAUAUUGAUUAUGACAUUUGAGAAAACCAUCAUCAUUAUAGUGCUGCUUAUACCUCAGUGGAAGGAGGUAGCUUUACUGAACCCUAUAGAGAACCCCCAGUUGGAGCUGGCUAUCGUCAUGCUGAUAGUUCCCUUCUUUGUUAAUGCGUUAAUGUUCUGGGUAGUAGAUAAUUUUCUCAUGAAGAAAGGGAAGACAAAAGCUAAACUUGAAGAAAAAGAAGCAGGACAAGAUUCAAGAAAUGGAAGUAAAGUCCGAUACAGGAGAGCAGCAUCACAUGAAGAGUCAGAGUCAGAAAUCCUUAUUUCAGCAGAUGAUGAGAUGGAGGAAUCAGAUGCUGAAGAGGACUUGCGUAGACUGACCAACUUAAAACCCAUUAAAAAGAAGAAGCAUCGUUUUGGUCUGCCUGUAUGACAAAUUCCCCGACCUGUGUAUUUGCAGGUUUCAUGGCAAAAACUUCAGUCGGUGGGGUUUAAUGUUGCAAUUGCGUCUCCCUUUUCAUACAAAGUGACUUAAAAGCAAGGUCUACCAACAGAACGCCGAUGGUUAGAAGACUUCCAGUUCAGUUGCACGAAGGACACACUGACCAAUAUGCAAGAAUGUGUUUCCAUCAUGUGUGAAAAAUACAGCGUUAUUACAGACUAGUUGCUAAGGGGAUUUGUAUCUGACAAGUCAGAAAAGAUCCCUGGAAGCAGAUGCAGCAAUCUUUCACUUGUGGUUACCAAUGGUGCAGUUUAAGAUAUUCUCAAAAAGGCAUCAGAAUCAACUAAGUUAAAGGAGUGUGUUUUAUUACUAAAACUGGCUUUUGCAGCAUAAUUCCUAGAGCAGAAUAGUUUAUGGUUACAAGCUGUAACUUAAUGUUAUUUUUUUAAGUACAAAUGUUUACUUGUUACCGGGUACCUAUAGAACUAAUAGGUGGAACAAAGAUUUUUUUCCAAGUCUCCUCAAAUCUAUUUGACUAUUUUAUAUUUAAGUUAUAUUUUCAUACAGUUGUAUUUAAAGAUUCGCUUUGUCAGAAAAAAGGGCACAGUUCCCUUUUUUUGUGCAGAACAGGUCAAAAAAAUUGUAGUAAAAAUCUUAUUUAUCCUUGUGUCCUGGUUAAAGACAAAGGGAGUGCAGAGAGAAAAGCUCUGGCAGUGCUGAAGUCACCAAACAUGACAAAAAAUGCAGUUCUAAGUGUGCUUCUUACCACAUAAUUUGACAAUACCUUUUUUAAUAGGAGGUGGUGUUUGCGUAUUUGACAAACGUGCACUUUAGUGUAUAGCAAAAAUCUGUUGUGAUAGGUUAUUUGUGAAACUAGUAUCUAUGGAUUACUGUAAUUAUUUCUGUUUCUGCAAGUCUCUUGUGCAUACCUCUCAAAUGACCCAGAAAAGAUGAAAUGUUCCUUAUGCUUUUUGUUAUAUAGGGCCCAUGGUACAAGACAGUGACCUGACUGAACCAGUUUCGCUAUAAUAUUGCAACUAAUUCUGUUCCUUGUUUUUUGUUGGAAAAGCAGUCUUAUUUUUAAUGCACUGAAAAAAGAUUUCUCCUGUUUAAUUUCCAUAAAGUCUGAUUAUCCUUUAGUACUUAAGAAAAACCCCAAGAGGUAUAACACAAUUGUUACUACAUAAUCUGAUUUUCAGUGUCUGUCUUCUCAUAACUGACAACACAUGCUAGUCUGAAACCUAGCAAGCAUGUUUUCAGUGGCAUCCUUUAGCUUUGCAUGUUUUCUCAAUGAUAGUUUCUGACAGCUUUCCUUGCUCAGUUAAACCUUGUGCAGGACAAGGUGAUGUGUCAAAGAGGUGACAACAGACCUUAACUGCAAAUCUGUUGUAGUAUCUGGACAUCAGAAAUGAUCCAAGCCUUAAACCAAACAGUUUCAUUGGAAAACUGCUCAGAACUUUUUAAGAUUUUUUACGUUUUUUAUAGAUUUACUAGGUCUUAAUGUGAUUUAUUAUCCAGACCACUUAAAUGGGCCUUAGUAAAUACUGAACUGUGCGCUCCCGUACCUAUUUUCACUAUUCCAGCAUUGCUUUUCAUUGCUUGGCUGCUGAGGUGAACAGAGUGCUCUGAGACUUCAGGUGCCCGGCCAGCUAGACAGGACAUUUUACCAACCCUAAUAUUUGCUCGUUUAGUUGAGCUACUGACCUUUGUUACUGUGCACUGAAAUGUAAUAACUGCAAUAAGUUUAAGUACUAGUGUUUCUUUUAGACUAAAUCUAGAAACUAAGGACAAUGGAAGCUUAAUUGAGUUAUUCUAAGGGGGGGGGGGGGGGGAAAUAUGUCCCUAAUCAGUGUUGCCUCUGGUUUAGGGGUUGUUUGUUGGGGUUUUUUCUCAUUGAUUGUGACUUGCAUCUUCACUGACUAUUUACCACUGGGCGGGCGCGUAUCUUCAAAAGCACAGUACUUCAAAGAAUUCAUUUUCAUCCACAGAAUAGUCUCACAGAGCUCACUUUUUGGAAGGGGCUUAACAGCUAGGACUGGCUCUGGUUGCAAAUGUCAACAUUUUAAUGUUUCAGCAUAGGCUUUGUUCUAUUUCAGGUAGUGAAAUAAAGCUGUUCAACACUGUGCAACCCUUGCUGUCCUCCUCAACCAUCAGAGAUAACUGAGCAGCACACACAAAUUAACUGUACAAGUUUUCAUUUUAUCUUCUUUACCCUCUUUUUCUCCAGUUACUUAAAUUAUCAAAUUAUUUCUAUUUCUAGUCUCAUGUUUAGUCUGUGAACUGUUAGUAUAAAAUUAUGGCCUUAAUCAUGUAAAAAUGUUUUGAGCAGACCUCAAACUUAUUAACCAACUACAAAAUAGCGUAAAGCACUAUGGAGCAGUUUCUUGAAGAUGUUUGUAGCAAAGUUAUAUGAAUGCCUAAUUGUUCAUGUCUUAAGUGCUUUAAUGUCACUUGGUUUGAGAUUUUGAUAUGCCUAGCGAGAUGAUGUAGUAAAGCACUGUGAGCCAAAGAGACAGAAGUAUUUUACAUACCACAGUAGUAACAGGAGGUGAAAAAUCAGCUCUACCCUUCUCUACUAAAGUAAAUUUAUUUACAAUCUUAGCCAAGUAACAAAAACUGGGUAGGAAUUGUUUGUUUUGUUGGUGGGUUUUUUUUUUUCCUAUUCAUUCCUUUUUAUUAUGUGAAAGAGUUGGAAAUGUAAAAUUGGCUGUUUCUGUCUUUAUAAGAUAAAAAUUGGAACUCGUAGUAGGUAGAAGUAGCGCAAGUGCUCUGUCUGCAGAGCUUGUAUGUGGGAGAAGGAAGUAUGUGCCUCGUGCGUCACUAUGUUUUACUGUUCAUUGAAAUGUGUUGGCUGUACAGUCUGAAAUAAACUUUUCAUAAAGAGCUGGCCGAGUAGUAAUACUAGAACAUGGUGACUUUGCAUUAUCCUCGAAUUAUUGCUCUAAAUUUAUGCCUGGUAAACGUACUUCAUGACAGCUCAUAGGAAAGCUUUAAUUCAGGCUGUGCUUAAGAAAUGUGAUUCUGUUUAAUGAAAAUAAGCUAUGUAGUAUAUGCUGAAGUAAGAGAAAGGGGUUAUAACUUAAAGAAGAGACACAGAAGUAUUAGCGGAGAUUGAAUUUACCACAAAUGGUCAACUCAAAUGUAUUAACUGUUUCUAGAAUCUGACCUGUGACACAUCUGCAUAAACCUAAAACACUAGUGUUGUCUAAUAUGUGGUUUUCAAGUUCUGGCUUUAAUAUGUUCAAGUCCCCUUGUGUUACUUUAAGUAGGUAAAUGCAGUUUGUUAAUGUUGCUAACUAAAAUGUACUAUAGCUUCAGGGAAAACUCAGAAACUGAGUUGCAAAUUAGAGCAAUGCAAAGCAAUCCUCCGCAGGUGUCUGCUCUGAUUCCAGCUGUGCCUGGGGAGGGAGGCAUGGGCUCUGCCUAGAGCUCAGCAUCACAAGGAAUUCCUGCCACUGUGCUUGACUAACCCACGUUUGCAACUUUGCUGUGUUUUUUACAGGAGAAAGCAGUAAUGAAAGUGAAUACAUUCAGCUACAUCGAGUCAGAGUAGAUCUACAGCAUAGGUGUGCAAACUUUUUUUAGGUAAAGUUUCCAGUUCUAUUACUGAAAAUUACUACUAUGGUUUUACAAAGUAAAACUGCAGUAUCUUUAAAAAAGGGACUCUUUUGUAGGUGUGUUUGUCUUGCGUGGGUAUCCGUCUCAAACUGAACGUUGCGUUUGUUUCUAAGUAAAUCCAGAGUAUAGCCUGUGUGAGCAAAACCAAGAGCUGUAUUCUGCUGCCCUGUGUUUGGACCAUAUUGUUAAAUCAGUGGUGUUACCUUAAACUUUUAAGGGUAUCUGAUGUAAUUACAUUGUAUAAUGGUUUACAAUAAAGUUUGACUUAUUACAGAUUUGUA